GUUUAUCGGAGAUUAAAAAUAAAAAAUAAAAAAAAUGGUAUGGGCUCGAGCAGAAUACCCCCACGGGCUUUCAACUAUUAUUCUCUUUGUAGAAGGUUUCAGGGCGAAUCCCAUGAUGCUUGGAUUAGAAAUUUAAUAAUAAUCUAUGAAAUUAGAAUUUUUUAUUUUUUUAUUUUUUUAUGGCAAAAAUGUUAGAAAGGUUGAGGGGUUAUUUUUGCUUUGUCCCCUGCCGAUGCUUGUAUAUUUUAUAUUUUUUUAUGGCAAAAAUGUUAAGCAACGAAAUUUGCGCUUAAAGUCUCAAACUCUGUUUGGAACACCUUGGAAAAAAAGUGCUUUACCCCUGGAUGUUGCGCUUAAACUCUGUUUGGAAACACCAUUUUUAGCUUGCCAAACAUGGCUUCAAUGUACUAUCAUUGCACUAAAUUGUCUUGGGCAGUGAAAUGGCCAAUUCGAAAAUGCGCAAAACCAGAGAGAAAUUGAAGAUCUCAAAGACAAGGGACAGCCAUAUAUAAAGAAAAAUUGUGGAAGUGGAAGAAAGAAGAAAGAGAUUUUGAAGCAUCUUCUCCGAUUUGCUCUCUCUCCGGUGAUUUCUUCUUUCUUCAGGUACUUAACCACUGUGUAAACUCACUGAGUUCAAAACCCUCGUAGGUAAAUUACUAGUAUAUAAACUCUUCAAAUUGUACACAAUUUUAUUUUAUCACUUCAUAUAUAUUUAGAUAUAUAUUGUUAAUAUGUACCAUCACAGAAGUUAUGGGUUCUAUUUCAAAACGUCGAAAGCGUAUCAAAAACAAGAGAAGUGAAGAAGAAGACAGGAUUAACAGUUUACCAAGCAGUCUAAUUGGGCAUAUCCUCUCCUUCCUUCCAAUAAAAGAUGCAGUGAAAACUAGCGUCUUAUCAACCAAAUGGAAGUAUCAUUGGACAUCAAUCACUAAUUUUUACUUUUAUUAUCGGACUCCAUUUGGAAUGAGAAGGGAUAAUUGUGAUCAGUCAGUCAAAAGUUUCAUAAAUUUUGUCUAUCAAGUGCUGCUACAAAGUGUUUCAGAUAUGCAUAAAUUCCGUCUGAGGUGUGAAAACAAAUGUGAUAAUUCGCAUCUUAGUCAAUGGAUUUCUAUUGCAAUAUUGCGUCAUGUUCGUGAAGUUGAUAUUAGCCUUGUGAAUGAGCAUGUAAUGCUGCCUCGUGAGCUUUGGAAUUGUAAUACUCUAGUGGUACUAAAACUAGAUGGUGUGUUUGCUCUCAAUGUUCCAAGCAUGGUCUGUCUCCCCAGCCUUAAAAUCCUCCAUCUUGAUAAAAUUAAGUUUUCGGAUGAUGACUCCACUGAGAGGCUUGUUUCAAGCUGCCCUGUGCUUGAGGAUUUGGCGUUAAUAAAUUGUUUUUGGAAAAAUAUUAAUGUUCUUAACAUUUCGGCUCUUGCACUCAAGAGUUUGACUAUUGAUAGCGACCUCUAUGACUACAAUACCUUUAAUUACAUGUACAAGAUUGUGUUUAAUACACCAAAUCUUCAAUAUCUUAAAUACUUCGACCACGUAGUAGUAGAGGGGUAUUCAAUGAAUAAUAUCUAUUGACUUGGUUUUCUUUU